UUCGUCGGAUGAAACGAACACUGUUUAAUUUAAUUUCGAAAUUUGCGACAAAGGAGGAAACAGUAUUCUAAUGGUUGACCAUUCCUCAAUGUUGAGGCAACGAUGCGGAAUUUUGCCUCAAACUGCGUCAUUUCAUUGCACUUCACCCUGAAUCUGCUUCUUCCAUUUAUUAUCAUUUUGUUAUUUCUUUGGAAAACUGAAUCUGCUUCUUCCUUCUCUAUCUGCAAAAUUCUCUGGUUGUUGUUUCACAUAUAAUUGCUUCGGACUGAUUUUGAAACUCUGUUUCUUUCUUUCAUUUUGAUUCCUUGUUAUUGGAUACAUGUCUUUGAUUUACAUUCUCGGCAUUGCUGUAUAUAUGUUUUUCCUUUAGUUUUAAAUGGAUCUGGUUUUAGGUAAUUGAGUGGAGAUUUCAAUCGUUUUCAGUGAGAUCUGCUGCUUUGUUUGCUCCUUUUCCUUUUCUCUGGGUGGGAAUUUGGGGCUCUGAUUUGUAUGAAACCGGAAAUUACUCUUUCUUAAUAUGAAUUAUUGUUUUUGUUUUGGUUUUGGUUUUUGGAAUUCGGUCGUGAUGAAGGUUUGCCCCUCCUUUUUCUGAUGCAGGGAGGCAUCAAUUUCGAGUUGUUGAUCAAUCAGUGGUUCGAAUUGAUGUGCAAUGCGGUGGCGUAUCGGAGCUCUUCUGCGUGAUAGAAGAACUGCUGAACUGCCUAUUAGUGGAAGGAAUCACUUGUAUAGAGUUUCUCUGUCUUUGGCUUUUAUUCUGUGGGGAUUUACCUUCCUCUUUAGCUUAUUGUUCAGCCGUGGGGAUGGCUGCCAAGAAGGAUCUGUUGUACUACCUGCUGGUGUAUCUACUUCAAAUGAAUCUAAAUUGGAAAACAACGAGGACUCUGAUUUUUUACAUGUUCCUCCAAAGGGGGAAAACGAUUGUCCCAGCCAUCUAAAGGAUUCGUGCUCAAUUGAUGCUACAAGCCAUGGUUCUAACAAUGAAGAACUUUCACGUGAAGAAAGUAGUAGUCAUAUACGAACUGCUACGGGGUUUCCUGAAGCUGGGAGCUCUAGCACUGGAGUGAAAUCGGAAAGCAAACCUCUGAAGGAAGGUAUCUCAUCCGAUACCGUUCUGUUGGGCCUUGAAGAAUUCAAAAGCAGAGCCUUCAUAUCCAGAAGUAAGUCUGAAACUGGGCAGACUGGGAAUAGUAUCCAUAGAGUAGAGCCUGGUGGUGCAAAGUACAAUUACGCUUCAGCUUCAAAGGGAGCAAAGGUAUUGGCUUUCAACAAGGAAGCAAAGGGAGCUUCUAAUAUUUUAGGGAGGGACAAAGAUAAAUACCUCAGAAAUCCAUGUUCUGCUGAAGAGAAAUUUGUUCUCAUAGAACUGUCAGAAGAAACCUUAGUAGUUACAAUUGAAAUUGCUAAUUUCGAGCUCCAUUCCUCUAACUUAAAAGAAUUUGAGCUACAUGGAAGUUUGGUUUAUCCAACGGAUGUUUGGUUCAAGCUUGGGAAUUUCACUGCUCCAAAUGCAAAGCAGGCACAUAAGUUCGUUCUCAAGGACCCAAAAUGGGUGAGAUAUUUAAAGUUGAACCUUCUUACUCAUUAUGGUUCAGAAUUUUAUUGCACGCUCAGCAGGGUUGAAGUUUACGGAAUGGAUGCAGUUGAGAUGAUGCUGGAGGAUUUAAUAGCUCAACAUAAACCUUCUGUUAUAUCAGAUGAAGCUACUAAUGAUAAGAGAGCAAUUCCCUCCCAGUCCGGAUCCAAUGAUGAAAGACAACAUGGUAGAGAGUUGCAAUCUCUAGCCACUGAUGAAAGUGAUGAUGAUGUGAUUUUAGAACCUUCAAAUAGUAAUAUAAUCGAUCCAGUCGAAGAACAGCACCAUCAACAACCUGGCAGAAUGCCUGGUGAUACUGUUCUCAAAAUUCUGACUCAGAAAGUUCGUUCAUUAGACCUAAGUUUAUCUGUUUUGGAGCGGUAUCUGGAGGAAUUGACUUCCAAAUAUGGCAAUAUACUCGAAGGAUUAGACGAAGAUAUAGGAAAUAAUCAUCUACUCAUUGUGAAAACCCGAGAGGAUAUAAGAAAUAUUCUUAAAAUCCAGGACAGCGCAGAUAAAGAUGUUCGUGAUCUCAUUUCUUGGAAGUCCAUUGCUUCCAUGCAGUUGGAUGGUCUGCAAAGGCAUAACGCUGUUCUCAGAUCUGAGAUUGAAAGGGUUCAGAAGAAUCAGAGUUGUCUGGAAAACAAAGGAAUAGUUGUUUUUGUUGCGUGCCUCAUAUUUACAUCAUUUGCUACAGUUAGGCUAUGUUUACAGAUUGUUCUUAGUGUAUAUGAGAGAACAAAUAAUUGCAGGAAAUUUUGUUGCGUAAGCCCUUCCUGGUAUCUAUUACUCUUCAGCUGCUGUAUUAUUGUUUUCAUAGAGUCGCUUUAAUAAUCAUGAAGGACAAUCUUCAUCCCAGAUAUAUAUUUAGUUUAAAUAAAUGAGGUGUUGUGUUCA